AGGUGCAUAUUCUUAUUUCCAUUGGGCAGUGAGCCACAUGUCCACUACUACUGCGUCUUCAGAGCCCCGCCAGAGGGCUCCACCGGAGACAAGCCCUGAGGUUGAUGUCAGCCCAGUCAAGGCGGCGCCUGUAAAGGACGAAGAGGAGAAGGAGGAAGAAAAAAUGCCGCCCCAUGUGGUGCCCUGUCGAGUUACGUGCCGUGCUCCAAAAGUUGAGAUCGAUCUGCAUGCUAGUGUAUUCCGGAGACAAGGGCCGCUCACCAAUUCAGCAUCGUCCUGUUCGUACGUUCCUGAUGGGACCGUUUUUUUCAACAGUCAUUCAGCUUGUGAUGGCGCUGUGACGCUGGACGAGUCGGACGGAGGUUCUAUCCUACUAGACUGCAAUCGAGUAGCAGAAGAUCGAUUGAUCGUGAUGUGCGGGAGCUGUUAUAAUAACGAGAACAUCCUCGAUUUACCAGGCUUGGAGUUCCUCAUAAAAUCCGAGGAAGAUGGUGGAAGAGUACUCUACAGAGCCACAAGUGAUGAUAUAUUCGAACGGAAAUUCGGGGCUAAAUUGGCAGCUCAGGUGAAGAGGAACAGACAAUCUGGUCUGCUCACCCAGCUCCCUACCACUUCCGUAUCCUCGACCUUCGUCCGACUAACAGACGGUGGCGGCUCAGUUCAUUACCCUAGCGUUAUUGUAGGAGUCUUCAUCUUUGAUCAAGGAGCAUGGCAUUUUGUCCGAGUUGGACAGACCUGCCAAGGCACCAACAUGAUAUCCAUGAAGGCCGACAUAGCCUCGGUGCCUCCUAAGAUCACUAAGGACAAGAUAGAGUCCUCCGGACUGUCUUACUCAAUCUUCGAUGCUAAUGCAAGGAGUUUGGGGACUAUUGGCCGCGCACAGGAAUCAGACGCUGCCUUGGGAGUCAAGGGCGAUUCUAACGGGACGUUGGGGAAUACAGUUCCUCAAGAUGAGUAUGAUGCUCUCGUGACUAAAUUCCAAGCUUUGGCCGCUGCUCAUAAUAAGCUGCAGACUGAAUACUCUGCAUUGGAGAUAGAGAUCACUCACCGCGAUUCUAAGAUAGAGCAGCUCACGAAGAAGUAUCGGGCUAUGGAGUCAAGGUACGAGACAGUGCUGCAUCAAUCACAACUGGCUUCUUCCGACUUCACUAUUCUCUUGAACCAGAAUCUUGAACUCAAGCAGGCUCUCGAGGAAAAGAUUGAAAAGACUGGUUUUGAGGAGGAGGGGGUGGUGACGUCUCUACCGUUGGGGCCUCAUCGGCUGGAGGAAACGGAACCGGUGGAUCAGCAUAGUAGGGAGCAUCCACAAUCCGGAGCUCGUUCAAUACCGAAGUCAUUCCGGGGCCUCACUAAGAUGCUCAAGGGAAGCAAAAAGAAGUCGUCCCCAUCAGGCUCGACGGUUGUGGAAGUGAGUAUUGGUGAGAGCCCAGAUUCCCACACACAUCCUAGCGACUCGUCGUCCUUGGCUGAGGAGCAUAAUACUACGACUGCUAGGAAGCAUCAUCGUCAUUCAGACGCUGAGGCGGGAAGUGCACUGUCGGGUAAAGGGGAGCCCUAGUUGCUGUAUAUCUGAGGGAGUUGCCUUCUACUGUGUAAGUCGCCUAUUAUAUUAUCUGUCGAGAUGCCCCCUUUAACA